UUAGCGUUCCAAGUUUAAAAUUCAAAAACAAUUAUUAGUUUUAGCAAGUUUUAGGUUAUGUUUCGUAAAGUGAAUGUGAAGUUUUAGUGGUUCCAUUUGCAAAAUGGAGUUUUAAAACAGUUUUUCAGUCAAAGUAUUUCGAAACAGGAUUUUCGUGACAUAAUUUAAUGCCGCGAUGUCGCUCCCGGAUGUGACGUCAGCGCGCAGCUCGCCGACGCCUCCGUGUCCUGAGUGCGACACCAGCGCCUCUGUCACUUCCGAUUUGCACAAGUACCAAGUAGCCUGCACAUGCAAGCCGUCAGCCGCCUACGCAAGAGCUGAUGACCCUGGACCCCCACCCCCCGCGAAACCGGACACCCCACCAGCGCUACCACCACGCCCACCGACGAAUCUCCUCACUGGUCGAAGGAACAAUGCGGCGGUCAACUGCAACACCAGCGCCCCCUGCCGUCGCCACAAGUACGCGUGGUGGUGCGUCGGGUGCGGGGCGCUGGCCGCGGCGCUGGGGGGCCUGCUGGCGCUGCAGCACAUCAUAGUGCGCGUGUACACCGAGUCCCCGCACCACCUGGAGACCGUGCCCGCCGCCGUGCCCGCCGCUAUGUUGGUGCUAACCGGAGUAUGCAUAAUGAGCCUGGCCCGACGCCGCAAUCGAUACAGCUAUAUGAUAAAAGUAGUUGGAGCCUGCUGUCUGGUCUGCGCCCUGACUUGUGUUCUGGUUACCAUCACGACGACGUACAUACAUAUGAACAAGCUACAAAAAUUGCAGCAUUGCGAAUACACCAAGCUGACUAGAACGUGUACCUGUUCUUCUACUCGUCCCGACACCGCUCACAAUAGCAAGGAAGAAGAACUCCGCUGCGUGUUCGAAGGUGUGACAAGCUGCGAGGUGGUCCGCGGGGCGUUACUGAUAUGUCUGCGAGGGGUCUUCGGUCUGUCCGUCUGCGCUGUGCUUGUCUGCAUGUUCAGUUCGAUGCUGGCUUAUCAGUUAUUACGACAUGAACGUAAGAAGAUGUAUUGGGAACAACUUGAGCUUCGUUGCCGCUCCUUAUAUAGACCACCUACAGGACAACAGCCACAGCCUAGAGCUGUUCAGCCAAGUUGCAGCUGUUGCGCUCAGUGCCACCCCACGCAGCCCGCCUGGGACAUCAGUCUGCAGCACAGGUUCUGGGCUCCUGGUCGCAUUGGAAACCUGUACUCACCAAACCCUGGCACUGUAAGGAAGACUUCCGCCUGGAGCUGGUUCCCAUGGCCCAGGAGCAACAGCCAGAACUCUCGCUGCCGGAUGGGAGUCCCUCAAUCUGGAGACAGCGCCUACGGUUUUUGUGAGACUGAAACACCCACUAACCCUCAAGGCUUCGAAGAACGGUUCCCAGCCAACUUCCAGACCUUCCAACGGAAUCAAGCUGGAUUUCAGAGCUCUGGGACCUUCCAGAACUACCCAGCACAAAUGCAGCAAGGUUAUCAAGGACAAUACCAGGUUGAAGGAUUUGGGGAAGCCAGUGGUAGUUUCGACGCUCAAACCGGAGUGUGGGGCCCGCCCCCGCCAUACAGCCCUCAAGGAAGAAGCGGCAGCCGCCACCAUCUCCACCAAGACCCAGCCGCAGCCACACUGCUUCACCACCACCACAUCGACGUCCACCGGAACUCGACCCACGAGCACGCCAUGCCCCACACCUGCCGGAACUCCUAUAUGCUGACCGACCGGGCCGAUAUCAGCCAGCGACCGGACCCCAGGAUAACAGAACUCGCAAGAAUGAACCCAGAACUCGCAAGAAUCAAUCCAGAAUUGAUCCGCAUAAACCCAGAACUGACCAGAAUCAACCCUGAACUCAUCAGGGCCCAGGAAAUCGCCCGGAUCAAUCCGGAACUGAUCAGAACGCAGGAGCGGAUAAACCUGGAGUUACGGAACCCGGAUAUUCGGAACUCGGAUAUGUUAGGCCAGGAUAUGAGGAUGAUGUAUCAGCCUGAGGAGUUGGGGAGGCUUCAGGAGAUGACUGAAGGGAGGUUUAACACGCUGAGGGGGCAUUUGGUGCCGUAUCCGUGUCAGAGGACUUUAGGAAUGAGUGCCGGUAACCUGACCAAUCUGCACAGAGACUGUCGAAUGGACGACAAUGUUACAGUCGAGUGCUUACACCAAAAGAGCGCAAGCAAAGUUUCAGAUCAAAGUACUGACUCGUGCCCUCCGAACCCGAAACAAGGCAAAGAAAACUUAGGCUUCCAAAAUGACAAGCAUUCCCCGAUUCGGUCUUCUAUGCAAGAUUGUCAUCGCGUGAACCAGAAUGCCGAAUCGGAAGUCUAUUUUGCUGAUGUGUCUAGCUGCUGCAACGUUUCUGUAAAGGCGGAUUGCUGCAUGAACCCAAACGUCUCAGCGCUCGUCGGUACCAUCGAAAACCACCCUGAAUCCACAUCCGAGUCCGACACAGGCUCCUUUACCCUAACGCGACAGCAGCGCCCCCAACCGCAGGUCGGCUCAAAACGGCGACCGCGCCAAGAAAAACACGUCAAACCGAGAGAAAAUAAUUCUGUGAGACUAACAGAACAACAGAUAGAACAGCUUAACAAUUCUAUGAGAAUGAUGAACGAAUCUAGAGUGAGCGAAAGAAUGAAUGAUUCUAGGAUCAGCGGAAUCAACGAUUCUAGAAUGAGCGAUAGAAUGAACGAGUCCAGAAUUAAUGAUGCUAGAAGUGCCAAUGAUUCUAGGACAAGCGAGAGAAUUAAUGAGUCUAGAAUCAAUGAUUCUAGAAGCGUGAAUGAUUCUAGGAUAAGUGAGAGGAUGAAUGAGUCCAGAAUCACUGAUUCUAGAAGUGCCAAUGAUUCUAGGAUAAGCGGAGUGAUGGAUUCUAGGAUCAGCGAUAGAAUGAACGAGACGCGACUAAGCGAGCGCUUAAACGAUUCUAGAAUCAGCGAUAGGCUUAAUGAGACUAGGUUGAGCGAGCGCGUGAUAAGCGAUAGAAUGGAGCGAGAUUCUAGAUUGAGCGAAAGAUUGAACGACACUAGAAUGAGCGGUCGUAACGAUUCUAGAGAUCGCUUGAACGAUUCUAGAGAUGAAGAGAAAGUACGUCAAGUAAGACUGCCAAGAUUCAGUCCAAAAUCGAAUCAUCCUAGACAGUUGAGUUCAGAAUCUAAUAAGGCUGAAUUCUUCGUGCCUCCACCGCCAAAUCUGCCUACAGAAAAACAAUUGAAUGAAGAGAGUCAAGUAUAUUCUAACGAAUCUGAAACAGCAUGUCUCGGUCCUGAUUCUCAAUACGAAAGUGUGAGAGAGGAGAAAGAUGAGAUAAAAGUACAUCAUCAUAGACAUUGCUAUAGUGAUACUAAUACUAUGGAUUCCGGCUGGCAGAGUGGCUCGGAAAAACAGGUCACUGAUUAAUGCAAGCAAGAACCCGUCUAGUAGGUCGUGAACUUUGCUCGGGCAACAACCCGCUGGGCGGGUUCUAACCAUACAAGCGGUUAUAGAUAACUUCCGGUUUCUGACGUAGUGCGCCAUUCCUGAUCUGGCAGUGAAUGUGUUAAAAUUGGUUGUCAGAAGUGGAUUGAAAGUACGUACAUCAAUGAAUGACGAAUGUCAUUUAUUUUCUUUCGAUUGUAUUAAUUGUGUUACUUAACUUCAAAUCUGGGUAAAUCCGUUCUGCUUUAAGGUUGAAUAUAUAAAAAAGUAAUAUGAUCUGAAAGAUAAUCAACCUUAUAGCAGAAUGGUUUUUCCCAAGUUUUGAAGUUAAGCGACACAAUUGUAAAAUUGGAAUGAUUUUUCCAAGUAAAUUCGAAUUUGAAUUAUUGAAUCUUAAAACUGAAUUUUAGAAAACGAAAAUACUUUUUAUAAAAAAAUACUUGACUUAAAAUGCUCAGUGC